AAUCAUCGCCUUGGCAAUGAGGUGGCUUGUAGAGUGGACGGCGCUUGAUUUGGGCGAAGCGCAGAGGAUUCGCGCCUGGCCUCUAUCUCCUCACCUGCAACUGACCAAUCAACCAUUACGCACUAUACCCAACAAGAUUGAAUGAAAGAUCGGAAUGCGGACGAUAAAGGCUUUUCUUAGGCGCUUGUGCUCUAUAAGCGGGUCGCCAGCAUGAAGCAAUCGAACGAGAUGCAGUUGAGAUGUGUUGCCGUAAAGGUCACUAUGGUAGUCUGUCUCACCGUGCUCGGAAUCCGGGAUCCUGACAAGUUAAGUUGUAGUGUAAUAAAUGACGUCUUGUGCUUACAGAAUGUCUUAGGAAAACCUCGAGUACAUAUGAAUAAAGAACCAGACCAACAUUUCGAGACUGUUUCACUUUUCAUCUACCCUGGUUCUGUUACUACCAACAUACCCGACUUCCCGUCAAGGCCAGAUGAAAUCAUCACUACGAGUGUAAGAACUCUGUUCCCAGCAGCGCACCGCUGGGUCGAACCAAGACCAAACCCCUAUUAUUCGGCUUGGUAUCCGGGGACUACUACUACACAAGACGAGAUGUCUUUCGAAUUGUCCCAAACCCUUCAAGUAUUGAAUGGAAGGUUGCGUACGGAUCCGAAAGACGUCAGCAAGAUCUAAUACAGUGUAUUUUACUUGGCAAAAGCAUAUUUACAGUCUCAAAAU